AUGAGGAAUCAUUACGACGAAGAGAACAGCCCGGACAAUAAUCCGGAGGAAGACAACAUUAUCGUCGACCAGGUGAACACAUCGCGCGGUUCGCACUCUGACAAUGAUCCUAACGUGAGAAGAUAUAGAACCGCCUUUACGAGGGAGCAACUAACUCGGCUAGAAAGCGAAUUUAGCAGAGAGAAUUAUGUCAGCCGACCGAAAAGAUGCGAAUUGGCUACACAGCUUAACUUGCCGGAAUCUACGAUAAAGGUGUGGUUUCAAAAUCGACGCAUGAAAGAUAAAAGGCAGCGGCAAUCCUUAUCAUGGCCCUUCUCGUGGAAUUCGGAUCCUACUCUAGCGGCAGCGUUGCUCGCGGCUGCCUCGGCUGGCACGUUUCCGCAUAUGGGUUACCCGGCUAUUCCCACAUCGAAUUUACCAGCGACGACACACUUGGCCCCUUCGGCAUCACCGUAUCCGAACGCGGUCGCGGCCGCGGCUGCGUCUACUUAUUAUCGUUAUACCGGGUAUCAUCAGACCAACUCAGUCACCGCGCUCCAUCGGCCACACGUUCGCCCUUUGAGCGGCCCUUAUCCUGCACCCUCGCACCUAUCGCACCCGUCAAUGCCGCCGCUGCAUAUCCUGUCGAGUAUGCAGAUGCCAAACAUCGCUGCUUCCGCCUUUCCCAUGAGCAAUCCGCCACCUCCUCCUCCUCCUCCUGUCACCAUGCCAUAUCGGCCGCCGUUGAUCGAAGAACUUAGCCCGGUAAAUUCUUCCUCCUCCAGCGAGUACGAUUACGGAGUAAGUCCUCCUAGUCAGUUGUCGUAUCCAUCGUCGUAUCACUCGGUCCAGCAGCUGCCGCUGCCGCUGCCGCAUUCGCAUCCGGAUCAUUCGCACCACGCGCAUCGCCUUACUGCACCUGUCAUGCCAAUAAUAUCACGAGAUAGACUUAGCAGCGGCGAGCAGCCGAUGAGACUAAACGGUAUGAGUGUACCGGUCAUGACGGUACAGCCAUUCGAAAACAACGUGAGCAACACCUCGUAUCAUCACGUGGCGAUUCCUUCGACGUCGGAUAUAUCAGCCUUGUCGUCGCUUUCAUUAAACAAGUCUGAAAAAGAGCUGGAGCAAGAGAAGAAGGAGAAAGAGAAGGAGAAGGAGGAGAAGGAGAAGGAGAAGAAGAAGAAGGAAAAGGAAAAGAAAGAGAAGGAAGAAAAGGAGAAAAAGGAAAAGGAAGAGAAGGAGAAGGAGAAGCAAGAGCAACAUCAGCAUCGUCAGCAGCCGCAAUCACUUCAGCUACCUUAUCCAUUUCAACCAUCUCAGCCAUCUCAGUCACCUCAGUCGCAGCAACGACAGCAACGGCAUCCACCCCAGCCCAAGUUGUUUCAGCCAUACAAGAACGACAAGGAUCAUAACGGUACGAUGUAA